AUGUCCGACAUUGAAAAAGCGAAUGAUAUUAAGGCCGAUAGACUUUUUAGAUUACGAAAUCUACAUCUAAAAAUGAAUGGAGCCAGAAAGCUGAAUAACCAAGAGAGGAUCGCAAGUCGAAACUACUGCCUGCAAACUGGGAGGCCAAACAAUCAAGGGUCGAAUACAAAGAAGAGCAGGAGAAACUCAAGAAGGAACUGGAGGCAUCGUGGUGAGGAUUACAACAUUGUGAAGAUGAGGAAUUGGACGGCUGAAGAGGUUGAACACUGGGAGAGGAAGAAGAAGAAAAAUCCUGAUACAGGAUUUGCUGAUUUUGAGCAAGCUUCGUAUCGACAGUAUCAAAGGUUGACGAAGCAGAUGAAGCCUAAUUUGAAAGAAUAUACUGGGGAGAAAGAAAAACUUGGCGAGGAGGUCUUUUACGCAGGCACGAACACCUUGGGGACAACGGAUCACAAGGACACUCCCGAAGCCAUAAGUCGGAUGGUUGAGGAUCUUGACAAACAGAUUGCAAAGCGCGCCAAAUACAGCAGCCGACGCGUACACGAUGAGGACAUAACGUAA